AAAUCCUGUGUAAACAGUUAGUAUAUUUGUACCAUUACUUUUGUGAGUGCUUUAAGAUACGGAGUGCACUCGUUUAAACCGUCCUCUAGAAAUCAAUUCAACUUUUUCUAUCCCAAAGAGAGAAGGAAUCAAAAUCAUCCAGAUCAACUGCUGGAUGUUCAAGUCGGGGACCUCAUCCCCUACUAUCAAUCACUCAGAUAUUCUACAUGCAGAAGGUGCCAAGGAAAGAGGGAGAGCAUGACCCUGCGUACACAGAGAACUGUGACCUUUUGAUGCCUGGUGUGGGAGAAAUCGUUGGCGAAUCGAUAAGGAUAGCAGAUAUGGAAGAGCUACUCGCGGCGUACAAGCGCGCGCGCGGCUGGCUAACCGUUUCACUGAAAUGUUCGCUGUAUCCACGAUGGCCCGGUCGUGCAACACCUCAGGUUUGAUUUGGACCUCGAUGUUUGGCAGUAUCGUGAAUAAAAUGUAUGGUUAUGCAUAAUAGAUUCGAGUCGUUUAAUGUCUAUC